UCACAGGGUUUUUUCUUAUGUCAGUGCAGUGGGAACCAGGCUAAACCCCUUGCACUGCUCUAUAAAAAAGCAUAUGCAAUUUCAAUAAUCCUCCUUUACCCUCUUUUAUGACGUUAAUAUGUGACUGGUCCUUAAAUUGAUAUUAUUUUGUAAUUGGGUGGAUUGUCUGCAGGUAAUUUAGUUUUGGCAGUAUUUUAAUUACUAUUCUUUUUUUAGAAUAAUGCAUACAUAGCAGUAAAUAUUAACGAAAUGAUACAUUCUGAACUUUCUCCUCCAGCAUCCAAUGAAGAGAGUGUCAACUCUCCCAGAUCUGAUCCGCCCAGUGUAGAAACUACUAUAACACUGAUGCAUCAGCACCAGUCAUCAUCACUAAGCUCCAGUAAUGCAUCAACAGACUUUACUUCUAGCCCGAAAGGCAAAGACUAUAAUUUUAUGACUAGUCCAUAUAAUAUACAAAAGGGGUUAUUACAGAAUACUGAUUCUUCCAGUCCAAAUAGUUCCAUUUUUCCUUUAAAAAGCCCUGAUAGUACCAGCAUUAGCCAAAGUUCACCAGAAAGUAGUACCGUUCAAAUUGAUGUGAAAAAUACGCAAGAAACUAGAUCGCUGACAGCAAAAGUUGAUAUAAAAACUAUUAAAAAGAGUUCUUGUGCUGUUUGUGGAGAUAAAGCAGAAAAAGAACACUUUCAUGCAAUUGUUUGUGAUAGCUGCCGUGGUUUUUUUAAACGAGCUUUAAAAAAUAACAGAAAAUAUACUUGUGUGUCAACAAGGGACUGUCUAUUGACGAAAAAAACAAGAAAUCAUUGUCAGUCAUGUCGUUUAACGAAAUGUUACAAGGUUGGAAUGAGUAAAGAAGCUGUCGAAUUAGAAUUAGCUCGAGAUAAAAAAGAAAAAUUGUUAAAGAAAAAACAGCUGACUACUGCAGUAGCAGACAGCUCAACAGAAGUCUCCUCGUCUGAAAAUCAAAUUUUAACUGUUGAUUUACAAUGUAUAUCCAAUGCGGAGCUUUUUGUUGAUCCCAAAAUAAGCAAUUUUGUUGAUGUGAGCAUCGAUCCAAUCCGACAGAUAUGUCUUGCUGCAGACAAACAGCUUGCAUCAUUAGCUGAGUGGGCAAAACGACUCCCCCAUUUUACAGAAUUGAGCGUUCUUGAUCAAGUCAAAUUGUUACAGUGGAAUUGGCCAGAGUUACUUAUUGGUGGCUUCUGCUAUCGAUCGAGUGCAGUCUCGAAUGGUAUUCUGUUAUCUACAGGUCUACACUUGUCCAGGGAGAAUUUACAGAAGGCUGGUGUAGGAACUCUUGUCAAUAAAUUAUUUACUGAAGUCAUCAAUGCAAUGAAAAAGUUACAAAUUGAUGUGUCCGAAUGGGGUUGUCUAAGGGCAAUCAUGUUGUUUGCUCCCGACACGAAAGAGCUUGUGGAAGUUGAUCAAGUGGAAACAAUUCGCGAACGAUAUAUAGCAACGCUUUGCCAGUAUGUUAAAAAGACUUAUCCAGAUGAUCCCAAUAGACUUGCCCACCUCCUACUCAGGCUACCGCCGUUAAAGGCGAUUGCUUUACAAGUGUUGGAACAUUUGUUUUUCUUUAAAUUGAUCGGUGACGUUCCGAUAGAUACAUUUCUACUAGAAAUGCUUGACGUAGACAACACCUAGUCUUGUGUGUUGUUUCUCUUCUUCAUAUUCUUGUUUGCUCUCUCAUCGGAAUACAUCUAAUGCCUUUUAUUGAAGUUUAUCGUUUUUACACGAUCAUAAAUUUAGCUCAUAGUGAUUGCACUCUAAAAGAUAAAUUGAUAAAUUUUUUUCGUAAAAUGUCAAGCUUGAGUAAAAUACAUAAAUUAAAAGAAUUUCUCUUUUUUUCCCGAUUUUUAAGUUAACAAUCCUCACCGUGCGGUGAAAACUAUGUGUUUUGUUUUGUUUUUUGACGUUUUUGUUGUUUUUGUGAAUAUUUGUCAAUGACGAAAAUAAUGUUUGCAUAACAUUACUUAGCUACUAUUCUCCAGAGGAAUUUUUUUUAAAGAAACUUAUAUAUUUAUAUGAUACAAACAUUAAAGCACUGGUUUUAAAAUUCGUUUAAGUAGGAGUUCAAACAGUCGUUUAUCAAGUUCAACUUACCAGGUUUUUAAUUUUAAAGGGACUUUUCCAGGUGUUAUGCUAGCGUCAUUUUUAUCAUUUUUAUCAUUAUUUUGAAAAUUUUAUUUACUCUCUUUUUAUUUGUGUUUUUUAUUUUAUUUUACGUUUUUCUUUAUGUUUUCUUCAAUUUUUAACGAAUUUUUUAUGUAUAUAGAAAUAUUAGGGGGUGAUUAGCACUAGAAACGAUGCUAAAAAAUUCUGGAAUUACCUGGAAUUUUGUGCUUACUUGAGAGUAACUUAUAAAGGCAAUUUUCCUAAUAGUUUAUCUGAAAAUAACAUGAAAGAUUUUUCUCUGCUUA